UGCAGCAACAGAAGAAGAACGAUCAUCUUUCUCAUCAUUUGAGGUGCUUUAAGCCUUCGACGGCCUCUGCGUCAAAUCUCUGCGAUAUCGACUUCGAGGAACAGAUAAAUUACUAAUUUAACAAUCAUGUGGGAUGGACCAGGGCCAAGGCAAGGACCACGGGGAGGGCCUCCCUUCCGUGGUGAUCAUCGUGGAGAAAUGUUUGGCAACAGAGAUCGUCCUAUGCCUGAGUACCGUGGUAGAGAUGGUAUGAACAUGGGGCCUAUGGGUAAUAUGGGCCCGAGACAUCUAGAUCUACCACCUAUGGACAUGAGAAGGACAGAUGGGCCACCAAUGAGAGGGCGCGAUAUGGAUCCUCGCGAUAUGCGAGGUAGAGAGUCAAACAGAGACUUUUUCAGACCCGGAGAAGAGCCAGACUUCAGUCUUCAAAGGAAUUAUGACUGUUCCAACAGAGACAAAAUUAUGAAUUCGUCUGGUUUCCCUGGGCCAGGAAGGAACUCGGCAGACAUGGGAGGGAGGGGUAUGCCACCUCGGGAACUAAACAACAGAUUUAUGGACAUGAGAGACAGAGAUUCCUUUCAUUAUGACACGCCACAGUUCAAUAAUCCCAACAUGGAUGGAAGAAGAGGGUUUCCCCAGGAUCGAAUGGAGCGAAAUGAUGGCUUUAGGGACAUGCAUGACAGGCCCCCAAUGGGCAUUAGUGAUGAUGAUCGCUAUGAUAUGGACUUACCUCCACGUGAAAGGAGAAUGAUGGACACUGAUAGAAGAGGAGGGCCACCUUUCAAUCCAAGAGGUGGAUUUGAUUCUGAUAUGGAUUUCAGAAAUCGGCAUGGGCCAUCAUCUGAAUUCAGAGGUAGAGAUCGUUCUCCCAUAAGAUAUGGAAACAAUGAUGUCCCUCCGGAGGGCAGGGGAAGAUCAGACAUGCCCUCAGAUGUUGCAGGCCAUAAAAGAUCAGAGUUUAUGGGAACAGAAGACAAGUUGGGAGAGAGAGAAUAUCCAGAUUCAAGUGGCAGUCCCCUGAUGGAUUAUCGAUGUGGUGAAGAAAUGACUCUUGCAGAGGAAUGGAAGAACCGUAGGAAGGACAAGAACCCUUUCUUGAACAUGGGUAAAGGUAUUGGAGGUCUACCUGAGCCCAGCUUCCCUGUAGGUUUUGGAAGAGACUUGAAUGUGAGAGAUCCACUGCCAUUUCAGGAAAGAGAUGGACCCCCUGUUGAGUUCCAAGGAAAAGAUGUUGGAUUUCCUCGUGGAGACCGCUUUGCAGUUAUGGAUCUGCCAACAAUUGGCAGCAAACCUCCACAAGACCAUCCACAUUCUGAUAUGAGUCCCCUUUUGGGCCCGCUUGGGAGAGAAAAUCAGAGAAAACCAUGGCUUGGAGAAAGAGAUCCGAAGCAUAGCCAGAAUAAAGCCAAUCGUGAUGAAAGGCCCCCUUACCAUAAAGAGAAGAAUCAGCCCCUACAUAACAUCCAGGUGCCAAGUGAUUGUUUUAAAGGACUCAAAGAUAUCCCACUUAGUCAAGAACCUGCCAGAGGAAAAAUUGUACCAGAAUGUGAUGUCCAAGGCAGCAGCACUGUACAGGCAAGAGACCAAGACUACAGGGACAUAGAUUACAGAACAGGGUCUGGAAGGGCUUUUGAAUACAAUCCUGAAGAGCUUCAAACGACAGAGAAACUCCUCAAAAAACCUGAUCCCGUCACUCUUUCAAAAGUUAGUGAAUCUGGUUCUCAGGAUCAAGACUACAGGAGUGCAUCAUUGGAGGAAAAGGUGUCCAAUACAAUAUCCAUAAUUGGUAUUCCAAAGACUGCAACAAUGGAGCAGAUUCUUGGUGCCUUUGCUGUCCGUGAUGGUGUACCAAUACAGGGGAUGAAGAUAAAAAAUGUGGUGCCAGGUUACAGCUACGAUACGGCCUAUGUGGAGUUUUUAAACCUCGAGGAUGCAGUCCACUUCAUGGAUUCCAACAAGGGAUCUCUAAAGGUUGGCACUAGAACAUCAUCCAUGAGGUACUUCCAUCCAGAUGAGCAUGAUAGAGGUGUUCAUGAGUCUGAUCACAAAGUACCUCAACUCCCGGAGCCCCCACUACCCAGACAAGAUGAACCUUUAGAUGAGAUGGAGAUCGGCCUGAAUGGGUCUAAACCUAAAGGCCCCAUGGAGCCUUUGUCAAACAGUCAAUGGCAGCGUAGCUCUGAUCUUACACCAGAGGCCUGGCAGCAGCAGGUGGACCAACAGCUCCAACAGCAAGAAACUGAGCAGCAGGCAGAGUCAUGGGGCAAUCGUAACCCUCCUCCUAACUCGCCACUUAAACCUAAAUCCGUCUUUAAAGACAGCAAAACCAUGAUCCUAAAAAAUGUGAAGCCCACCACCUCAGUAGAGACUAUCCUGAAAGCCUUGGACCCCUUUGCUUAUCUGGAUGAAAGAAAUGUUCGUUUAGUCAAAGCCAAGCAACCAGGAGCCAAGUGCUUCUGCUUUGUGGACAUGGACUCCCAUGAGCAAGUGACACGUCUAGUCGAGCUCCUCACCAAACCCAAACCCCUCUACAUUGAUGGAGUCAGAGUUUAUGCUGAGGUUGCAAGACCCCUUAAGAACCAAAAUUUCAAGAGAGACCUUGAUAAUCCAAACAGUUCCAUCCUUGGAUAUCCACCUGAGGCCAGCAUGAUGGGGCAGCAGCAGUAUCCCCCUCCUCCACAGUACUUGAUGCCACCCUCUGGUGUCCCUCCUGGAAUGCAAGGUGAUUUGAUGGCUGGCAGCAUUAUUCCUGAUAUGACAUCAGACCCCAGCAUGGGACAGGGACUGGGCUACGGUGAGACUAGAACUGUGGACCCGUCUUACCAGGCUGGUGUACCCCCUGUUGCCCCAGAAUUAUCUGGGGUGAUUGUCCCUGUGGAUGGGUCACACACCUACGUUUAUGGCUCUGGGACUCCUGACAUGACCAACUACUUGUACGAUUCCACAUCAGGCUUCUUUUACGACCCUGAGACGACACUGUACUAUGACCCCGGCUCAAGGUACUUCUACAAUGCUCAAACCCAAGAGUACUUGUACUGGGAGGCUGUUUCAAAGACAUACAUCCCAGUUCCAGCAGGGAACGCUGCAGAGGCUCAACCUCUUUCCAUGACAGCUGAGGACCAGGCCAUUCUCUCCAACCCAGCAGCAGAUGCUCCUCUGGAAAUGAAGAAAUCGAUGCUGCCUCCACCUGCAGUAGCACCUCCAGCAUUAGUUCCUCCACCAGUUUCUGAACCUGUUCUGGUUGCUGCUGCUGUUGCCACUGCCACCUCUGCACCAGAGCCUGUCCCGACUUUCACAUCAGCUCAAGAGAAGAAAGAUGAGGAGGAACUUUGCAAAAAGGACAAAGACCUCAAAGAAGAUAAGCCGAGAAGUCUUGCUGCUGUCAAGAUCAUGAAAGAUAUGGAGCGCUGGGCAAAGAUCCAGAAUCGUCAAAAGGAAACUGUCCGUGCAGCAUCACCACUACUGAAGGGUGGAUUUGACGAUGACAGGAGGCAAUCAAAGUCUGCUGACGCUGGUUUUGCCGUCUUUGAAAGAAAGAUCUCAGGUGGAGAGGAUCUUUUCAAGAAGCCUCUUGCUCCUCCCAAGAAAGAUGAAAAGUCAAAGCGUCCAAUGGGCUCUCUGGGUCUGCUGGCAUCUGACUAUGCAGCUGGAAGUGAUGAAGAGGUGGAAGAAGAUAAGGAGGAGGCAGGAAGGAGCAGCCAGGGAGGCCAGUCUGAAGACAAAGACAGUAAGCUGACAGACUGGAAAAAGAUGGCCUGCCUGCUGUGUCGAAGACAGUUCCCCAACAAGGAUGCUCUGAUCCGCCACCAGCAGCUUUCAGAUCUGCACAAACAAAAUAUGGAGAUUCACCUUAAGAUCAAGAGGUCAAAGAAGGAGCUGGAGGCGUUGGAGAACCAGGAAAAAGAACUAAAUGCCAGAGAACCUACCAAGUCACCAGAACAGAAAAGGAAAAAACACCAUCAUCAACCGCCGCAGCAUCACAACACCUGGGCUGGAAGUUCCAGGGAUAGUAAAGUCAGUGAUAGACCUGGUUUAGGAGCCGAACCUGCCCCACAGAGGAAAAAGAAAGAGCCUGUUGUUUGGGACCAUGCCACCUACAAGCAAGCAGUACGGAAAGCCAUGUUUGCACGCUUUAAGGAACUGGAGUAAUCACAUCUUUACUUGAUAGUUGAACUUUUGAUUUGACAUGCUCUCCUCUCGGCAUGAGAAAUCCCCUCGGACUGGGUUUGUCUCUCCAUCUCAGAAAUAAUGACACUAAGGAUCCGCAGUUUUCUACAAUGAAAAGAUGUGGCCCAAAAUAAAUAUUAUACUGGCUUCAGUGGGGCAAAAGUCCAAAAACUACAAUUACUUUACAUCUUGAAUAAUGGAGGUUGUAUAGAAAGUAUCGACUCAUGCUCUUGGAGAUUUUUGUCCAUAUUUUAUGUGUCCUGUAUAAAAUUGUCAAAUGUGUUUUUUUUUGCAAUGAUGCAGUCACACUGGCCACAAUGACAUAUUGUUUUAAUACAGAACAAUUUUUACAUUUUCAUGGAUGAAAGUGCUACUAAAUGUAUACCUUUUUUAAGUAAAAGAAUCAUUGUGCUUCGAA